CCGGAUGUUGUUGGUCGUUGGUGAACUUCACGCUCAGAACUGAGCGCGCACGCUUUUGUCUUUGUAAUAUCAGUUAAACCUUCAGUUCGACAUGGAGUGAUUAGAAAAUUCAACAAGCGUUACGAGUUUUUACUGUAAAUAUGGCUACGAAGCGUAAAGCAGACGUGCCGGUGCCCGCUGAGGAAAGUGACCAGCUCCUCAUCAGACCUCUAGGUGCUGGUCAAGAGGUGGGCAGGUCAUGCAUCAUCUUGGAGUUUAAGGGGCGUAAAAUUAUGCUGGACUGUGGCAUCCAUCCUGGCCUAGAGGGAAUGGAUGCCCUGCCUUACAUUGAUCUGAUUGAUCCUGCUGAAAUCGAUCUUCUACUCAUCAGCCAUUUUCAUCUGGACCACUGUGGGGCAUUGCCGUGGUUUUUGCAAAAAACAAGCUUUAAAGGAAGAACCUUUAUGACACAUGCAACCAAAGCCAUCUACCGCUGGCUGCUUUCAGAUUAUGUCAAAGUCAGUAAUAUUUCAGCAGACGACAUGCUGUAUACAGAAACAGACCUGGAGGAGAGCAUGGACAAGAUCGAGACCAUAAACUUCCAUGAAGUGAAAGAGGUGGCUGGCAUUAAGUUCUGGUGCUACCAUGCUGGGCACGUUUUGGGAGCAGCUAUGUUCAUGAUUGAGAUUGCAGGUGUAAAGCUUCUUUAUACAGGAGACUUCUCUCGUCAAGAAGACAGACAUCUAAUGGCAGCAGAGAUUCCUAGUGUUAAACCAGACAUCCUCAUCACUGAGUCCACAUACGGCACACACAUCCAUGAGAAGAGAGAAGAAAGAGAAGCCCGCUUUUGUAACACAGUUCAUGACAUUGUGAAUCGGGAGGGGCGCUGUCUCAUCCCUGUCUUUGCCCUGGGUCGAGCCCAGGAGCUGCUACUUAUCCUUGAUGAGUACUGGCAGAAUCAUCCUGAGCUUCACGACAUUCCUAUCUACUAUGCCUCGUCCUUGGCCAAAAAGUGCAUGGCUGUGUACCAGACGUAUGUCAAUGCCAUGAAUGACAAGAUCCGCAAGGCCAUUAACAUCAACAACCCCUUUGUCUUCAAGCAUAUCAGCAACCUCAAGAGCAUGGACCAUUUUGAUGACAUCGGCCCCAGUGUGGUGAUGGCAUCUCCUGGUAUGAUGCAGAGUGGUCUCUCCAGGGAGCUGUUUGAGAGUUGGUGCACUGACAAGAGGAAUGGCGUUAUCAUUGCUGGCUACUGCGUGGAGGGAACGCUUGCUAAGCACAUCAUGUCUGAGCCAGAGGAGAUCACAACCAUGUCAGGCCAGAAGCUGCAGCUGAAGAUGUCUGUGGACUACAUCUCCUUCUCGGCUCACACUGACUACCAGCAGACCAGCGAGUUCAUUCGAGCACUCAAACCACCCCACGUGAUCCUGGUGCAUGGGGAGCAGAAUGAGAUGGCACGUCUAAAGGCAGCCCUCAUUAGAGAGUAUGAAGACAAUGACGAGGUUCACAUUGAGGUGCAUAAUCCCCGCAACACUGAGGCAGUUACCCUCAACUUUAGGGGAGAAAAACUUGCCAAGGUGAUGGGCUCACUUGCUGAUAAAAAGUGUGUACAGGGCCAGAGGGUCUCUGGGAUUUUGGUGAAACGCAACUUCAGUUACCACAUCCUCACCCCCUCUGACCUCUCCAAUUAUACAGAUCUGGCUAUGAGCACAGUGAAGCAGACUCAGGCCAUUCCCUUCACUGGACCCUUCCCUUUACUGCACAACCAGUUAUGCUACUUGGCAGGGAAUGUAGAGGAGGUGGAGGCAGCAGAGAAAACCACACUGAGGAUCUUUAACAGCAUCACCUUGGUUCAUGACGGCAACAUGGUCUUACUGGAGUGGGUUUCCAACCCUUUGAAUGAUAUGUACGCUGAUGCAGUCACUACAGUGGUCCUGGAGGUGCAGUCAAAUCCAAAAGCUCAAAAAGCCAUAAAACCAAGUGUGGAGAAGGUGGAUCCAGAUGUGUUCCAGAACAGACUGCAAAUCAUGUUCCAAGACAUGUUCGGUGAUGAGUGUGUAGACUUAAAGGACAAAAGUAAUCUGUCUAUAACGGUGGAUGGCAAGACUGUCUACGUCAACCUAGAGACUAGGACGGUGGAGUAUGAGGACAGCAGUGCAGAUGAUGAGUCUCUUAAAGAGAUGGUGGAGCUGGCUGUGCAGAGGCUGUAUGACGCUAUGAACCCUGUGAUGUAAAUAAGAUGUCCAGGUGCCUUCCUGUUCUGACCUGCUCUUCAGCCCAAAAACCUCAGCUUUCAACAGUCCAGACAGCUGCUCAGUCUGUUACUACUGAGGCAAUACAAGCCUGAAAGAAGCAGAAAACCAUCCCCUGCUCUGACACCGUAAAUCAACAUUGUAGACAGUGUCCAGUCUUAAAUGUUUGAAUUAAAGAAAACAAAUUCAAUUUGAA